UUCUCUUUAUAAUACUGUAAUCAUUAACAUUCUGCCCUUAGGAACAAGUCUCAAGGACGAUACUCAUGCUAGUAAGGAAUCACAGACUACUUGGGAAAAGCUGAGGAGAAGCACAAAUCAUCCUGAGAAGAAUGCAAAAGAGACAAUGGAGUACACCGCAUUGCAUACACUUCUCUGGCUUUUAAAUGCAUUUACUCUAACAACACAAGAGUUGGUGAAACUGAAUGUGAGUCCCAAGAUUACUGCGGAGUGCGGCAAACAGGUUACCCUAAACUGCGACGUGUCCUCAUCUCCAAAUGGACUAUCAAUCAAACAAAUGGCGUGGAUCCAAAACCAAACUUCUCUCUGUUCAGUAGACAAGGAAGGAAAAAUCAAACCCCACAGCCGAAGUGACUUCCAUUGUGAGUACAAACAUGGACAACUGUCCCUCAUCUUUAAAAGAGUGCGGCCACUGGAGAGCGGAAACUCAAAGCCUUACACCUGCAAACUACAAUCCAACCGUGGAGCUUCCGAUGCAAAAACAAUCGUGGAGGUACAAGAGUGUUGUUGGUCCGUUGAGGGUGUUUGGAAUGAGGGCCGUCCCACCUGCACCUUCAGACAUGUCUACCCGGACGGAGAUGUGCACUGGUUUCACGGCUCCCACAAUCUCUCAGAUGGCUCUGUGAAGCAACACACUACGAAACAGGUGCACAACGGUUGGCUGACUAUCCAUAGUUACCUGGAGCACAAUCUUUCAGGUGUUCCCUACAACUGUUCCUUGAAGAGCACAGCAUCUGGUAGAUACAUUGCUAGUUCUUUGGUUGAGAAUCCUGACCUGCAUGCGCAGAGAGCCAGAGCACAGGUUCAUAAAACCCGAGCCAGGAACGGAGUUGGAUCACAGCGACCUAUGUGGACAUCUUUCUUUGUUUUAAUUUCACUUGCUGUCACACUGAAAUAAUGGAUUUGACAAAGUAAAUCCACAUAAUGGAGUUGGGUAAGAUAUCAGGGGUAAAGUGAUUAACAUUGAUUAGUAACAAAGAGGUACUACAUUGUGUGCAUUUCUAACAAUCCAAGAUAUAAGUGUUUUAAAUUGGUCCAAAGAUAUAUGGUUCUACUUUUCAGCUUUUAAAAAAAUACCUUUGUUGUUUUGUUUUGAUAGAGUCACGCAUGAGUGAGCAGCACAUACUGGUUUCAUUACACACACUCACACAUAACUUCAGAUGUUUAAAAAGUCCUUCUGGCUACUACUUAAGUUCAGCCUGAAGAUAUACUGUACACCCUAUGGCCACGGAUUAGAUUGUAUUUAUUUCUGAGAGAGUGAGAUGAAAAUGUCUGUUGAAAGACAUAGUGUGCCCACUAUGUCUCAACGGGAUGAUUGUCCAUCUACGGCUUCUGUGGGAAUGCACACUUUCUGCAAGAGAAAAAAAAUUAUCUGUCAAUCGCGAGUAAAAAGCAGUCCUCAAAAGAUGAGCUCUGCUGUGAAUUCCCCCUCGGACACACAGAAGCAUUUGUGUGUGAAAUAUCAAAAAGCCAGACACAGGAAAUCUCCCUCAUGCAAUGUCUCUGACUCUGUUGUGUGGGUGGAUGCUGCCCUCUGGUGAACUAUGAUGAGUGCAAGAUAUGGCAAAUAACUGUUUCAGGUUUAUUGGGAGACUACAAUCUUCUGAGCCACACUCCUGACAUCCAAUGCUCUUCAGUUUUAUUGGACCGGUUGCAGAAAAUUAAGAGAUUAAUAUCGGACACCUGGGCAAUCAGAAUGAAAUCUGUGUAGCUAAAAAUCACUGAGUGAUGAAAUGCAUUUUUGCGAUUCGGGUGAACCAAAUAUUUAAAAAAAAAAAAGGGAUUGAUUUACAGUAUUUGUUAGAGUAUAAUGUGAACAUGCAGUGACAGAUAGAGCCUAGGUUGUCAGGGUUGCAUUUGGGUUUUAAAUCUGAUCAACAUCGAGUGUCCUGAGUGCAGCAGACGAGUAAGAUAACGGAUACCAAUCUUUUCUCCUGGUCUCCAUCUCCACUCAGCCCUGUGUCUUUGCAGGUACAGUAUAGGUUAAAGCUGGAGGACCCACCCAGCUCUGAGGCUAAAACCCUGCAUUGUUAACACCUCAAUGCCCCACUUCAGAGAAGGCAUGUGAGAGGCUUUUAACCCUCCUAUUGCCUUCGUUUCCCCCCUCUUACUUUGGUGUUCACGGUCAAAUUUGACCGGUCCUGUUUUAACUGCUAUUACAUUAACACAAAAACCAUUAAUCAUCACCAAAUUUCAUUUAACACCCUUUCAAAC